AUGCAUCAAGAGAUUGGGCUCUUGAAGUCCAAUUUAUUUUCAUCAUCUAACGCUAGAAAGAACCCUAAAAUUGGGUCGAGUGAUGCGGUGGGUAGAAUACCAACGAGAGAAAUAAAACAUUUUUUUGCCAUCGAGACAGACUCAGAAGGAAGUGGUUCCCGCCGUGUGGAUAUUGAAGGAAGCAGUGAACCUUGUCUGAAGAGACUGGGAAUUUCCUUCAGUCAUGGUUUGCUGCCUGCUUCCGUGAAAGACCUUGUCAUUCCGUCCUCAUCAGAUUCAUUUACUAGUCUUCGGGUUUCUCCUAAACGAGCAGAAGAUGUGCAUUUGGAUGACAUGGAGAACACAGAAGGGGAAAAGCGAAGACUUCCAGUUGGCGAUCAAAGCAACAUCUCUUCUUUAGGCUCUGGUGAUGACGCAGAGAAAACACCUUCUAGGCAUGAGUUGCAGACUUCUCUUGUUAUUCCACCGGAGAGCACAUUUAUGAAUCAUGAUGGAAAGCAGCAGGCAUUAGAAAGCAGAAAAUCCCUACUGAUGGCGGAAAACAUUCCCGUUGGGGACUUUUCGCAUCGUUCUCAGCCUUCUCAUCAGCGGCGCAAAGAUUGCCUGAUAGAACUGUAUUAUAGGGGGGUUAAAACAAGAAAGCAAUUAGAAGAAAAGUUGGAGAGUAUUCGUGCGGCACGGGAAAAUGAGUUUAAAGCGUAUUCCUUUCAACCAAAAAUCACGAACCGUGCCAAGGCAAUACCCCGCUCUGGGAGUGUUCCUGGGUGUUACGAGCGUGACACUCGACUUCGUCAACGUCUUCUUCUUGAAGCAUGGAGGUCUGAGUCUGAGGGGCAGUGUCAGUCUGCUCCCAAAAUUUCAAAGGGCUCUGAGCGUAUAGUCCGUCGGGUUAGAGGCAACAGCGCGCCCGUGAUUCCUGUGGAAGAAAGAUUACAUCUGGAUGCGGCUCGACGUCGGUGUCGAAUGGCAGAGGACGAAGAGGGUGUGAAUCAGCAUAUUUCUUCAGUUAAACGAACCGCUGGUGAUAUUAAGAUCCAUAUUGAUCGUCUGUACAUGUAUGAGGAAAAACGUCAGUUGGCGCUGCGGAAGCUGCGGGAAGAGACGGGUGUGGGUCACUCCCAAAUGCCCCUUUAUGUGAGCAGUGAAGAUGUCGUGAGGCGUCUUUCCAAACCCUUGAAGAAGAGCAGAUGUGAUCAUUCCGUGGAGGAAAAUUUGCUUUUUGCACCUCAACUUUCCCCUGUGACGGAGGAGCUGAGCCUCCGCGCCAGACGGCGGAGGAUAGAUGACUGGUACCUUUUUUUUACUCAUCGACAUGGAGAGGGCGUCUUCCCACCGAAUGCGGUUGCUGAAAAAAUACGUGAGGCACUGCAGCAGGCGGGUUUAUUGGGGGCCUUUUCUCGGAGAGCCUUUGGCAUGGCUCUUGAUGAGUAUGAGAAACGGAAUGGGUUGCAGUUGUGGCACUCGACCCCGCCGCCUUCUACACCGCCGUUGAACGAAGAAUUAACAUUUGUACCGAGGAUAAACUCUCAGAGAAAUUUGAAGGCGCAUGCGCAGAUGGCACACGAGCGAUUAUUUUAUGCGGCAAAGCAACAACAAUUGGCCGUAAAAGAGGAAGAGCGAAUGCGGCAAAAGGAACUUUUGGAGGAAGAGAAAAAGCGAAGGAAAAGGCAGCAGCGGCAGCAGCAACAAUUUCGGGCAUUGUCUAGAGAAAAAAUGAAAUCAUUGGAAAUAAUUAGCAGUGCUGGGGAUGAAAGAAGAAGUCCGCCAUCCUCUUUAGUUCGGAGUAAAAGUCUACAGGGUAUUGCAGACCUCUCAUGCGAUUCCGAGACUUCUGUGGUGUCGCCAGAAUCUGUUAGUUCCAGUCCAUCCGAUCCGAGUUUCAUGUCAGUUGCGGUAAAAUCAGUGUCCUCAUGUUCAAACUUGCUGGCCGCUGCAGAGCAGUUGCGCCAGUUAAUAGAUGCACCAGCGGAUACAGAACGCAACAACAUAAAACCAAGUUUUUUUCAACGGGAUGAGGUUCCCUGUGCGGACAAUAAUAAUAAACCGGCUUGCGUUCCUGCGGGCACAUCUGAAUUGGUAUUCGCCUCUUCUGAGCCACCAGUUUUGCGAGUACACAAAAAGAAAAGUGAUACCUUUGCAAAUACGCGUGUGUCCACUGACUUAUUGUUGGAAUGCGCGUUAAGCCGUCUCAUCUGGCCUGCAGACGUUGCCACACGGCGGCGAGAGUGGUGUAAAGGUCGUCGUCGCCUUCAGAGAGUGGGAAAGAUGCUUUACCAAAAUAUGUAG